AACAUAUCAAUCACUCUAUUCAAAUUACUAUAUUUUCAUCUAAUACUACUACAAUUUUUGAAUCUGAUACUAAACAACAAUUUUAUCAAUCUUUUGAAGUUUCUAUAAAGAUAACUAAUAUUUAUUUUUCUAUACUAAUUACUAAGUCCUCUUUUUCUUCAAACAGUACUAAUUAUUUGGAAACUGGCUUUCAUACUCCUACUCUUACUCCUUCUUAUCUAUUUGAGAAACAAGAACAAAUUCGCCCUUCUACCCCAGAAACUAUUAUUAAUAUAGAGCAAGAAAAUUUAUUCAAUAAUGAUAACAAUCAA